AUUCCGUCCGUGCAAAAGUUGAGGUCUGUCAACUUCAGUCAAAACCCCCAAAAUGGCCAAAAUCCUAAACUCUGCUGCGGCCAUGGCGAACUCCAAGCUCGAUCCGACAGUCCCCCCCGGCCUUCACCUGGUCUCUGCAUUCCUAGCAAUGGAGCCGACGGAUUCCUUAAUAUCAAUCGCAAGAGCAUGCGGAGGAGGUUUGGUUACAGAGAGGGUGCAGAGGUUUAUUUGGGACUAUUGUAUAGGCGAAGCAAUUGGAAAAGGUAAUGCACCAUACUUGAAGAAUUUUCUAAAGAAGCUAAUUUUUGAGAUUGAAUCAAGUCAUAGCACCGUGUUGGAUGAAUUAUAUGAACAGUAUGGUUAUUACAUGACUUCAUUGAAGGAUGAUAUUUCAGGCAAAGGGAAUACAAGGGUCUGCAAGUGCAUCUCUUUUCUUUUUCCUGAUGGCUGUUCUGGGUCUCCAAGUUGUCCAAUGCCGAGAAAGUUGAUGGUUCCACUGCAUUGUUCACUCAACAUGCUUGAAGGAGACACUGGGUGUGCUGUUUGGCCCGCAAGUCUAUAUUUAUCAGAGUUUGUCCUUUCUUUUCCCAACAUAUUCUUCAGAAAAUCAUGUUUUGAGGUUGGUUCUGGUGUUGGUUUGGUUGGAAUUUGUCUUUACCAUGUAAAAGCUUCCAAGGUUAUAUUAAGUGACGGUGAUUUGUCAACUUUAGCUAACAUGAAGCUUAAUUUGGAGUUAAACCAGUUGAGGACUGAUACUGGCAUGCCAGAAAGAUCUUCCCAAGAUCUAAAUAUGUUAUACAGAAAGCAGGCGAAAGCUGAAAUGGACAAUAAAUCUCAGGUGAAUUGCAUUCAUCUGCCUUGGGAAUCUGCAACAAAGAAUGAGCUUCAGGAGUUCAUGCCUGACAUUGUUUUGGGUGCAGAUAUAAUUUAUGAUCCAUCGUGCCUCCCAUACCUUGUUCAAUUACUAGCCAUUCUCUUGAACAUAAAAAAGGCAUGCUCGGAGUCUCAACCGCUAAAGAACAGUUGCCAGGGCUUAUUAAUACAUUCUAACUGCAUCGAUAUCAAAGUCAAUGGCACUGAUGAUGGUGAAGCUCACACAGCCUGUGAUUUAGAUGGGUUGAAAAGCAAGGCAGAUCAAAUUGGCUGUGAAGUUGAUGUUCCUCUAGUUGAGAGACUAGAGAAUGGUUCUUCAAAAGAUGGACUAAAGAAAGCACCUGUGGCUUAUAUUGCCGCAGUCAUUCGCAAUAUUGAAACCUUCAGUUAUUUUCUCCAACUUGCAGAACUGGCUGACCUUGCAGUCACAGACAUAACUGAAACUCUAAGGCCGUUGGAGUUGCUUCCAUAUAUGCAGUCAUAUGAUAGAUCAAGCAUACGUAUAAUCUUUCAGAAAAUGGGAGGACAAAAGCAAGGAGAGGUAGAGGUCAUCCACUCAUGGUCUGCUCCAAGAUCCCUCAGUACCUCUCUCAUGUACUCUUUUGCUCAGAGGGAUGAUACGGAAGUGCUUGAUGAACCUCUAUAUGCAACUUUUCUAAAGGUAACAGGUGUGGAGAGGCCCUACAGGGAAGAGGUUCUGUCCAAAAUGGAAUCUGAUGCAAAUAAGGUUGUAAAAGAGGUUAUCUUUGGACCAGGAGAAAAGAAGUAUCGGUUUUGUAAGCAUAUGGCAAAGCAACAUUUACCUGGUCUGCCCAAUGAUUUGAUGAAGAAAGGAAAGCACUUUAUAUUGAUACGCAAUCCACUUGAUAUAUUGCCAUCUUUUGAGAAGGUCGUGCCUCCAUCCUUUCUUGAAUUAGGUUUGGCAGAAUUGGUCUCCAUAUACAGUGACCUCUCUCAGUUGGGAAAGCCCCCAGUUGUUAUUGAUGCAGCAGACCUUCAACAAGAUCCUGAGGGUACCUUGCGUGGUCUUUGUGAAGACUUGGAGAUUCCUUUUGAUGAUGCGAUGCUCAGAUGGGAAGCUGGUCCAAAACCAAUAGAUGGUGUUUGGGCCCCAUGGUGGUACAAAAGUGUACAUCAAUCAACAGGCUUCAAUCAAACAAGAAAGUAUCCUCAGCCAUUUCCAUUUUCUCUAUAUGACUUGUUGGAGAAAAGUCUACCUUUGUACAAUAUGCUUAGGCGGCAUGUAAGAAAGACAACAGCCCUUUUGAAGAGCCCAUUACCUCCUCCAGAUAUUCCAGUUCCUGCAAAUGAAAAGCUGUUGGCCUGGGUUGGAGAUGAGAUUCUACCCCGUGAAAGUGCCAAGGUUUCUGUGUUUGACUCGGUUGUCCAAGGUGGUGAUUCAGUCUGGGAGGGCCUUCGAGUUUACAAUGGGAAGAUAUUUAAGCUUGAAGAGCAUUUGGAUAGGUUGUUUGACUCGGCAAAGGCUCUAGCUUUCAAGAAUGUUCCAACUCGUGAAGAGGUUAAGGAAGCCAUCUUCAGAACUCUAAUUAGGAAUGGAAUGUUUGAUAAUGCACACAUCCGACUAUCCCUUACUCGUGGAAAGAAGGUCACUUCAGGCAUGAGCCCAGCAUUUAAUCUUUAUGGAUGCACUUUAAUUGUGCUUCCUGAAUGGAAACCACCUGUCUAUGACAACACACAUGGAAUAAAUCUGGUGACUGCUACAACACGGCGUAAUUCACCAAAUAAUUUGGAUUCAAAGAUUCAUCACAAUAACCUCCUCAAUAACAUUCUAGCUAAGAUAGAAGGGAAUAAUGCGGACGCAGGUGAUGCAAUUAUGCUAGACAAGGAUGGUUAUGUGUCUGAAACAAAUGCUACAAAUAUUUUUCUAGUGAAGAAAGGCCGGGUUCUUACACCUCAUGCUGAUUAUUGCCUUCCUGGAAUCACUCGAGCUACUGUUAUGGAUCUAGUGGUAAAGGAGGAUUUGGUCCUAGAGGAACGGAGAAUUAGUCUAUCAGAAUUCCAUACUGCAGAUGAGGUAUGGACAACAGGAACCAUGGGAGAGCUUACCCCGGUUGUGAAGAUUGAUGGACGUGAAAUCGGUGAUGGUAAAGUGGGUCCCGUGACUCAAAGGUUGCAAAAUGCUUACAAAAAGCUGACAGAAGAGUCAGGAGUGCCUAUUCCAUCCUACCAGCACUAGGCAAGUUGAAUGACAUAGCUCCUAGAAGCCUGAAGAUGCAAAUGAGUGGCGUUGCUUCCACAGAAUGAAAGAUUUCAGCGCACCAUUGUGUAAGUUUGAAUAAAAAAUGGUGCAGAUUGUAAGCGUUCUCUCUUUCUUGGUGAUUAGGGGUUGAGGUGCGGGGAAUGGUAUCACUUGCUUAGUGAUCUUGUUAUCUAAGAAAGGGUAAAUUCCCAUUUUCUUACUCUGUGCAUCACUUGUAUUAAGUUUGACAUUGCCAAGCUCCAUGGAAAGCAUGGACAUUUAGGAAUAUGGUGACAGAAUGAAGGGAUUGCUAGGACUGCAAUCGACUCGUGUUUAGGUUUUUUCCAAUAAAAUUUAGAUAGGAAUGCAUUUUUCA